AUGAACAACGUUGAAAUCGAAGAUUUUUAUCAUCAUGACUUUACGACGGCGUCAGAAUGGGAGGUGUUCAUUGCAAGAUUAGAAGAAAUUAUGCACGAAUGGAAGUUACCCAAUACGAAAAUAGGCCGUUGUUUAAAGUCUGGUGAUUUUGUCAAUUGUCAAUGGCAAGAAAAUUCGGAAAAACUUAAUUUUGCUGAUGCAGAAUUUACAUUAAAGCACUUUAAAUUAAAAUUAGAAGUGGAAGAUAUGGAUAGUCCUUUAGAAGAGAACGAAGAAAGCGAAGAAGAGAUAAUACAGUGUCAAAAGGAUGCGUUAAAUGCAUCAAAUGAUUUUGUUAGACUCGAUGGAAAUCAUUUAGAAAUAGCUUGCUAUUAUGGUAUUAGAGAAUUUAUUGUUUUACAGUCUUCAAAGAAGGAUUCUGUGAUGGAUGAAACUAAAAUUAGAAUUUUACUUAGUUCUCUUGCAAUUGCAGCAACUAAUGCCAAUUGCGAUGUACCUACAUUAGUACAAAUACAAGAACCAUGGCAAAAAAUGUAUCUUGGAACUAGUAUUGGGAAAGGAGUUUGUACCCACUUUGACAUGGUACACUUGAAAAAAAUACCGCCGCACUGCAAGUACCUAACUGGUUUACUUGCUUUGUUUAAACAAAAAGUUGGAGAAGGUUGCGGAAUAAGACUCGAUCAGGUGAUGAUAUCCACAAGGUUUUCUUACCUGUUGAAAGAUUGGACUAGCAGCACAUGGACUCAAGAACCUCCAGAUUUUGACUUCAUGCAAGGAGAAACAUUAGGUGUAGCUGAACUUGGAAAGCUUCCAUUCGGAGCAACAUUUGAUCCAAUCGCAGAACUUCAUUUAUUUACUACAUGGCCUGAAAUGUCAGAGAACGUUGCAGUAGAUAGCGAAGCAUUUACUGAUUUAGAACCACAAUUAGCCCCUAAAUGGUCAGUGCAAGUAAAAAUGGUUUCGUCUCCGGCUUGCUUACUUGGAGAGUACUUAACGGAUUUUUUACAUCUUUGUAAUAAUCAGAAAACCAUAGUAGAUUUGCUUGGGGACGCUAUAAUUUAUGCCCAACAAGAGGAUCAAGCUUUCAGUUCGGUUUUCAAUAUAUUUACCGAAUCUAAAAUACCAACAAUUUCAAGGGUUGUUAGUAAAGCAAGCGCAAAGAAAAAUAAAAACAUAGAAGGACCGAUAUCGGAGGAGAUAUUACUGCCGAUACUUUAUUUUCUUUUUCCUGAUGCAGACGAAAAUUCUAAAACUCCGUAUGGUGACUUGACCAUAUGUAACGUAGACGAAGAUCAAUGGAAAGGUGUUAAAACCUGUGUAAUGGAUAGCUUAGUGUGGCGUCUUGCGAUUGUCGCGGCACAUUGUACGCAUAAUCUCGGAGGAACAGCAGCAUUGGCGCAAGUAUGGUACGAAUUCGUGCAAGAAGUCAGGUUUCGGUGGGAAAGAAAUAUUCUUAUACCUGGAAUUAGUCCUGGAUUUCCGGAUUCUGUACGAACAUGUAUAUUGCAUCAAAAGCUUCAGAUGUUAAACUGUUGCAUCGAAAAGAAAAAGACAAGGGAAGAAUUAGCGCAUAAAUCUCAAAGUAUAGAUACUGACGAGUUCGAGACAGCAGAAUCAGAUGAAGAAGAGUUUUUUGAGUGCACCAGCGAGGAACCAACAAACGAGGACGAUUCAACGACAAGGACACAUCUGAAAGCGAAACAUCUGUUGUGGAACAAACCUACAGGAAGAUUGGCCAAACAUCCUUCGCUCAAGUUAAUCCAAACUAGAGAUCCUCUUUAUCUACCAGUAACACAGGAUCCAGUGCCAAAAACGGAAGAUCAGCUCGAAGAAGAUGCGCAAGUAAUGAUACAGCUUGGAACUGAUAAACAUGCUUCAGAAAUGCGAGCUAGGAUGAUGAGUGCUUCGCUCUUAUCUGACAUGGAAUCUUUCAAGGCAGCAAAUCCUGGAGCAGUGCUGGAAGACUUCAUUCGAUGGUAUUCCCCAAGAGAUUGGAUCGAAAGCAAUGAAACGGAUGAGUGGGGUCAACCUACAGGACAUUUAUCAGCAAGAAUGCUAAUUCCCAAUAAUCCAUGGUCUACAACCUGGAAUUCAGCUCAACCUGUGCCUGCGCAUCGACAGAAAAGAUUGUUCGAUGACACGAGGGAAGCUGAAAAGGCUUUGCACUUUUUGGGCUGGAAGCGUAUAGGUCAAAUCGCCCGACUUCUCUUACCAACUUUAACUCAUGCAGCGCUUUACACUUUGAGCCAGCAAAAGCAAGAUGCUCUACCGAAUGUACCCGAUGUUGCACUCAGUAUACUUAAUAAAUUACAACACGCUACAAAACCUAUUCAUCAGAAAUUACACUUAUAUGAGGAAAUUAUUCGAGAUAUAGAGGGUGUCGAAGCUCUUGUUGCACAAGUGAAUUCCUUACAGCACAAACUAGAUGGGAACGACGAUUCUAAAGAGUUUACCUCAUUCCUUAUUCAGUUAAUGAGAGGAAAGGAGGUAGAGGUGCCAGGUGGAUCCAGAGGAAAUAUUGCUUCUCAAAUAACAACUAUGUUUAGAGACGCUCAAAAAGCUGCCCUCGUGAUAACUUCUCUUAAUUCUGAAAUAAAUGGUACCGGAGAUGGUAAACUUAAAACAUUUCCUGAACCUUCCUGUAAAGAGUUUAUUUUGCGUAUUAUAACACCACGACCUUCGCCGACUUCUAUGCCACAACCACAAAGGCUGUACGCGUGUCUUAAGCGAGAUUAUAUUCGUUUGGCCGGAUUCUUCUCAGAGGAUACAAUAUUUUUAUAGUCUUUUUAAUAAAAGUGAAUCCAUUGAUUACUUCAUUUUUUCUAUUAAUCAAGAAGUAUACAAACAUGUUUAUUUACUCGU